GCGGAGCUCACGGAGAGAAGACAUCUGCAGCUGAAGUUCUGACUGUCACGAUGAAAACCCUGCAGACUCUCACUCUCCUGGCUGUGGGCCUCUCUGUCGCCCAGGGUUCAGAGGAGAAUGCACUCCACCAGUUCAGAAAAAUGAUCCUGUGCUUGUUGCCGAACAGCUGGCCUAUUUUGGACUAUGCCGACUACGGCUGCUACUGUGGAAAAGGAGGCUGCGGAACGCCUGUGGAUGAUCUGGACAGGUGCUGCCAAGUGCACGACAACUGUUACGGAGAAGCUGAGAAACUGGCUGAAUGCAACUUCUACCAAUAUCCUUACAACACGUUAUACAAGUACCAGUGUGACAAAGAAAACAAGACCCUCACCUGCAACAGCGACAACUGUAAAUGUGCGAUGUUCGUCUGCGAGUGUGACAGGAAGGCUGCAGAGUGCUUCUCCAGAUCUCCCUACAAUCCCAAGUACAAGCACCUGCCCGAGGAGCGGUGCCAUUGUUAA